UCUAAACAGGUUCUUGAAAGAUGAUUCGAUUAAAUAACUCAAUAAUACUAAUCUUCUUUGUGCUAUGUGCUUUGUUUUCGAUGUCUGAGCAAAUUAUUUUUAAAGUAGACGGUUUUCCAAUCAAUUUAAAUGACAUAUUAAAUGCCCAAAUAAUGCCCGCUAAUGUUUUUUUAUUGGGAUUAGAUGAGCACAGGGCUGAAAAGUACACGCAAGACUUUCUGUCUGCCUUACAACGCAUGGAAUAUCACAGAAAAAUGAUGCAGCAAUUCAUGGCAUCGGAUUACUUGACUAAUCAAAUAAUAAAAUGGAAGAUGGCAUACAACGAUUUUAAGAUUGACAAACGUUUUGGAAAACUACAAAAUGAAAAUAAUUCGACAACAGAAGAUGCUGAAAAUUACAGAGCAAAGAAGUUUCUUUAUGAUAUUGGCUCUUCGCAUUAUAAUGAAUGGCUUAAGAGAACUACAACACUGGACGAUAUUAGACGUCAAUUAUUAGAAACUGGAAAAUAUUUGAAAAACAACGAAAUGAGAUUUCACGGACAAGAAAUAAAAUCAACUACAAAACCCCAUUCUACUUUUUUUCUUGAAGACAAUGAAUGCGAUGAUGGCGAUAUUACUGGAUAUGCUUAUGAUAGUUCGCACCACUUAAAUUUAUAUCCACAGACUUUUUCUCUGAUGCCGAGAUUGUCAUUAAAAAACACACACAUUGCAGAAAAUACUGAACCAAUCAGUAAAUCUGGAUAUGAAACCAGUUACGCCAACUAUGAAGUUCACGAUCCACCUGCAGAACAUAUAAAUGCAAUAUUGGAGCCAACAAAAUUAAUCAAAGAAAUUAGCCUUAAGGAUAUCACUGACAUCGCUCUAACAACGCUCGCGUUUUUAUCGUUUGGAAUGUUUGUCUUACAGGUUCUAAUGUGUAUUACAAUGGUAAUUAAAUAUACUAUAGCACAUAGCAUUGGAAUCGGUAGUCCUAAAUAUCGUAACACAAAUAACAUAAUUGAGCGCGAUAAUCAGCCUAAAUAA